UUGUAUUCGUGUUUGCCCACAGAUUUGUCUUUGGUGGGGUGCAGGCAUGCACCCAAAUUAGCAACUGGGAUGCCAUUGCCAACACCAACAUGAACAUUUUCGAUUGAAAACAAUUGAAGGAUUUUGGCGUUGAGCAACAGAGCUAGGAAGGGGCAACCCCAUCCUUCAUAAUGGCGCUGGCCAUGCCGUCCAAUGUGCGGGCCGGGAGCCUGAAGGACCCAGAGGUAGCUGAGCUCUUCUACAGAGAUGACCCUGAGAAGCUGUUCACCGACUUGCGGGAGAUCGGCCAUGGCAGCUUCGGAGCGGUCUACUUCGCACAUGACAUCCGCACCAAUGAAGUGGUGGCCAUUAAGAAAAUGUCCUACGGUGGCAAGCAGUCCAAUGAGAAAUGGCAGGAUAUCAUCAAAGAAGUGAAGUUUCUCCAGAAACUGCACCACCCCAACACUGUGGAGUACAGAGGUUGCUACCUGAGAGAGCACACAGCAUGGCUGGUAAUGGAGUAUUGUUUGGGUUCAGCCUCCGACCUACUGGAAGUCCACAAGAAGCCCCUCCAGGAACAGGAGAUAGCAGCCAUCACCCACGGUGCAUUGCAGGGCCUGGUGUAUCUUCAUUCUCACAACAUGAUUCACAGGGAUGUGAAGGCUGGUAACAUCUUGCUGACCGAGCCUGGCCAGGUGAAACUGGGUGAUUUUGGCUCAGCCUCCAUUAUUGCCCCGGCCAACUCGUUCGUGGGCACGCCCUACUGGAUGGCUCCUGAGGUGAUCCUGGCCAUGGACGAGGGCCAGUACGACGGCAAAGUGGAUGUGUGGUCACUGGGCAUUACUGCCAUAGAGCUGGCGGAGAGGAAGCCGCCUCUGUUCAAUAUGAAUGCUAUGAGUGCCUUAUACCACAUUGCCCAGAACGAGAGUCCCGUUCUGCAGUCCAAUCACUGGUCUGAUUAUUUCCAUAACUUUGUGGACUCGUGUCUGCAGAAGAUCCACCAGGACAGACCUACCUCUGACGUGCUGCUGAAGCACCAUUUCCUAUGCAGAGAGCGUCCUCACACGGCGGUGAUGGACCUGAUAGCUCGCACCAAAGACGCGGUGCGGGAGCUGGACAACCUGCAGUACCGCAAAAUGAAGAAGAUCCUUUUCCAUGAGGCCCUCAACGGACCCCAGCCCGAGGGAGGGGAGGAGGAGGAGGACGUGGAGCAGUACAUGCUGCGGACAGGUACGGUCAACAGCAUGGAGAGCUCCCAUUCGCUGCCUUCCAUGUCCAUCAGCGCAAGCUCCCAGAGCAGCUCGGUCAACAGCCUGGCAGACGGUUCGGAUGACAGCGGCGAGAUGGCCAUGAUGCAGGAGGGCGAGCAAACAGUCACCUCCAACAGCUCAGUCCUGCACAAGCCCCUGAGCCAUGACAACAUCUACGACGACCCCUACCAGCCCGAACUGGACGCACAGCAGCAGCCCCCGUCACGGGGUGAGGGAAGAGAAGGUGGCAGGCGGAAGGGACACCGCAGCCGAGAUCACUUUGCCACCAUCCGGACGGCAUCGCUGGUGACCCGGCAGAUCCAGGAGCAUGAGCAGGGGUCGGCGCUGAGGGAGCAGAUGUCUGGGUACAAGCGCAUGCGGCGGCAGCACCAGAAGCAGCUGAUGGGCCUCGAAAACAAGCUGAAGGCUGAGAUGGAUGAGCAUCAGCUGAGGCUGGACAAGGAGUUGGAGAACCAGAGAAACAGCUUUGGAGGGGAGGGGGACAAGCUGAGCAAGAAGCACCAGGCUAUCCUGGAGAAGGAGACCAAGGCAGCCCUGGCUGAGGAGAAGAAGUUCCAGCAGCACAUCCUGGCCCAGCAGAAGAAGGAACUGACCAGCCUGCUGGAAUCCCAGAAACGCCAGUACCGCGCACGCAAGGAGCAGCUCAAAGAGGAACUGAACGAGAACCAGUUGACCCCUAAGCGGGAGAAGCAGGAGUGGCUGGUGCAUCAGAAGGAGUGUCUCCAGCAGCUGCAGGCGGAAGAUGAGGCGGGGCUCCUGCGCCGCCAGAGGCAGUACUACGAGCUGCAGUGUCGCCAGUACAAGAGAAAGAUGGUGCUGGCGCGCCACAAUCUGGAGCAGGACCUACUCCGAGAGGACCUGAACAAGAAGCAGACGCUGAAGGACCUGGAGUGCGCAAUGCUGCUGCGCCACCACGAGUCCACCCAGGAGAUGGAGUUCCGGCAGCUGGGCUCGGUGCAGCGCACGCGGGCCGACCUGAUCCGCACACAGCACCAGACGGAGCUCACCAAUCAGAUGGAGUACAACAAGCGGCGCGAGCAGGAGCUGAGGCAGAAGCAUGCCGUGGAGGUCCGCCAGCAGCCCAAGAGCCUCAAAUCCAAAGAACUCCAGAUCAAGCGUCAGUUCCAGGAUACGUGCAAGAUCCAGACGCGCCAGUACAAGGCCCUGCGCAACCACUUGCUGGAGAACACGCCCAAGGCGGACCACAAGGCGGUGCUCAAGCGCCUGAAGGAUGAGCAGACGCGUAAGCUGGCCAUCCUGGCUGAGCAGUACGACCACUCCAUCAAUGACAUGCUGUCCACACAGGCUCUCCGAUUGGAUGAGACGCAGGAGGCGGAGUAUCAGGUGCUGCGGAUCCAGCUGCAGCAAGAGUUGGAGCUGCUCAACGCCUACCAGAGCAAGAUCAAGAUCCACACUGACUCGCAGCAUGAGCGGGAGGCCAAGGACCUGGAGCAGAGGGUGUCCAUCCGCCGGGCACUGCUGGAGCAGAGGAUUGAGGAGGAGAUGCUUUCUCUUCAGAAUGAGCGCUCUGAGCGCAUCCGCACCCUCCUGGAGCGGCAGGCCUGUGAGAUCGAGUCCUUUGACUCGGAGAGCCUCCGUCUGGGUUUCAGCAACAUGGCCCUCACGGGCAUCCCCAGCGAGGCCUACCCCAAGCAGGGCUACACCAACGCCCCACCAGUGUUCCGCUCCGGCGGGGGCCACUGGAGCCAUGGCAUGCACCCCCAGAACGCCCAGCCCCAGCCGCACUCGCGCCGCAGCCACAACAGUAGUAGCAGUGGAGGGGGUGGGGGUGUUGGAGGGGGGAGCAAAGGGGAGUCUUCUUCUUCUCACGGCAUGGCUCUGGGGUUGGGUCUGGGGAGGGACGGGAGGGAGGUGCAUCCUUCAUCUCGUUCGUCAGCCUCUUCUUCCUCCUCCUCCCAACAACACCACCACCGCCAUCAUCUGCCACAGCACUACCACCACCAAAGCACACCCCAGCUCUACCGGGAGCGGGAAAGGGAUAGAGAGAGGGAGCGGGAGAAGGAGAGGGACAGGGAGUGGGCCGGUGUCCGAGGCAGCGGUGACCUGGCCCACCCGCAACACCCCCACCACUUCUCCCACAACCUGCCCUCUCGCUCCUCCUCUCAGUCCCUGGCCCUGCUGCCGCCGCCGCCCCCCGCGCCCCCCUCCAUCUCGGGGCCCUCCUCGUCCUCCUUGCAGGGAGGGGUGUAUGGCGGGGGGCUGGCCGUCAGGGGCGGUCCCAGCCUCAUGGCCCUGAGGAACAGCCCCCAGCCGCUGAGGAGGACGGCAUCCGGAGGGGGACCUGGCGGGGCGGGUGGAGGCGACGGGGUGCUGAGCCGCAGCACCUCGGUCACCUCGCACAUCUCCAACGGCUCCCACCUCUCCUACUCCUAA